CCAAUAAGGUGUCAGGGGGCGUGGCCAGCUCCUCAGCAGGUCUGUCUGCUUUUAGCUUAAUCAGAGUAGAAUGGCGGCCGCAGCCUGCGGUUCUCGCGGCUGUCCGAGGACUAAUUCAGCCAAACCACACAAAGAGCACCUACGAAAAAGCCGGGAUUCCCGUCGCAGACAAGCAGCACUAUUGUUUCUCACAAAUAUAUCUUUGGACGGAAGACCGGUUCACAACCUAAGCAAUGGAAUCGCUGGCCCCAGGGAAGCCGAGAGCCGGUGUGUGGAUGUCGGCGCGGCGGCGGUGACGGGUCUCCCUCUGGCGACAACCAGCAGCUACGGAACAUUGACCCAAGUGUCAUCAUCCAUCACCGGGGGAGCGGCGACCCCUCUACCGAGCACUAACUCUUACCCUGCUCCUCUGAGCGCUCCUCCAGCUUUCAAUCAAGGGAGCUGCGACGUUUUCACGGAGGAUGGACGAACAGAUCCUUUGUCAGUCCAGGCACCCCCGCUUUCACCGACCUCAGGACCGGUGAAUCCGGUUUUAGGAUCUAGUAAAUCACCCGGCCAAUUCCCGGGAUCUAAUCCUGUGCCCGACCCCCGCCAAAGGACACGUAACCUCUCUGGGUCUCCAGGGCCAAAGGUUUCCAAGAAGGUGCAUUUCAUCAAGAAUAUGAGACAGUAUGACACUCGAGGGAGCAGGGUUGUGCUGAUUUGUGCCAAGAGAUCCCUGUGUGCUGCUUUCUCUGUAUUGCCCUAUGGAGAGAGUUAUCACAUCAGUGACUCUAAACUAGAAGCCCAGAGACAGAGACACUCUUCUGGUGGUGGAGCUGAUAUGGUCCCUGGACUGGAGGGAGUGGAGGUGGACUUUGGAAAGACAGUAUCAUAUGCCCGUUUUCUGCUUCCAACUAAUGCCUUGGACAGGCAGAAGAGCAGCGGCCCACCUGACAUCAGUACAGCUCAGAUGCCAAUGUCUCGCAACCGUAUUAAUGGGCAGAAGAACUUCACCCCUUCACGAAUCAACAGCACAGUUGGACAGGAUACUGGUGUGUUACAUGGUGUGGACGAGCUAUCAGAAUAUGACCCCAACUUACUCAGUGACCCGCAGUGGCCUUGUGGGAAGCACAAGCGAGUCUUAAUUUUUGCAUCUUAUGUGGCAACAGUCAUUGAGUAUGUGAAACCAUCUGACCUGAAGAAAGACAUGAACGAGACAUUCAAGGAGAAGUUUCCUCACAUAAAACUGACACUCAGCAAAAUCAGAAGUUUGAAAAGGGAGAUGCGCUCAGUGAGCGAGGAGUGUGGCCUACAGCCGGUUACCAUAGCUAUGGCUUAUGUUUACUUUGAGAAGCUGGUUCUGCAAGGGAGGCUGAACAAGCACAACAGAAAGCUGGUGUCUGCUGCUUGUGUUUUAUUAGCUGCCAAGAUCAGCAGCGACCUCAAGAAACAAGAGGUCAAGCAACUGAUCGAUAGGUUGGAGGAGCGUUUCCGAAUAAAUAGCAAGGAGUUGAUUUCCCUGGAGUUCACGGUUUUGGUUGCUUUGGAGAUGGCACUCUACCUCCCAGACAGCAAGGUCAUGCCUCACUAUCGCAGAUUGGUGCAGCAGGGAUGAAAUGGAGAGGGCCCUUAAAGGGAUAGUUCACCAAAAAAUUUAAAUUCUGUCGUCAUUUACUCACCUUGAUAUUGUUUCAAAACAUGUAUGACUUAAUAUCCUUUGCUAUUUGUUUUAAAGAACAAAGUACAUUGUAUAGGUUUGGAACAGCAUGAGGGUGAGAAAAUGAUGACAGAAUUUUCAUUUUGGGGUUAGCUGUGCCUUUAAGAGAUGCCUGUGUACGAGAGAGAUGACGCUCUUGUCGUACGGCAGUUCUAGAAGGUUAUUUGUAUUAUUUAUUGUCUCAGCAAUGUCCAGUGGUCUUUGCACUCCAUCUUCACUUGUUUACGUCCUUCAUAGAACUGAUUUUGUAAAUCAAACACAUUUAUGGAGAGGCUUACUUUAAGCACUGAUCAUUUUUAUCCAUUCUUUCUUUCUUUUUUUAAUACCACAAAUGCUCAUUAACCACAGUUUAUCAAAGCUUUUUCUUAAUGCACCCCUUUAUUUAUGCAAUAUUUUAUUUAUGGACCUUAAUUUUAUUAGAGUUCAUAAUUUAUGAAUACUGAAUAUAUUUUUAAAGAUUCUUUACAUAGGUGUUUUUUUGUAAUUUUUUUUCCUUUUCGAUGAGUUUUGGGGUAUGUGUGGCAUUCCGAUGCGUAUCCAGCCAGGCACUCUAUGUUAGAGAUGACAUUUAACGGGCACAUUAAUUGUGCUUUUAUCUCUCACUCUCCUUUUUUUUGUCAUCUAACAUUUACUAACUAGACUGUGGUUUAACAGUGAUAUGUUCUUUGAGACACACCACAAUGCAUUUUAGGUAGUGUUGAAUGUAAAAACGUCUUUUGAAUAUGUGAGUGCCAUUUUAAACAGUUAAUCAAAUGUUUAGAGAAACUGAACCAUUUACCACUUGUUUUUUCUUAUAGAUGCAAGUGUUUUUGAAUGCCUUGACUUCAGUCUUUUACAGUUUUCACAGUUCCAAUGCACAGCUGUGACAAUUACAGUGAUGAAAUGUUUAAUUUUUAGCAUCCUACUGUGUCCUGUUUUUCUUAUGUGCAUCACUGAUUGAGCACGUUUCAAAUGGUACAGUAGGUUUUACAAAUAACUCCACAUCUGUAUAUGAAGCUUUUGUGUAUUUGGUCACAGGAGAACGUGGCGUUUCCUCCUUGACCGAGUGAGUCUGUUUUGUGUUGUGCAGUGUUGAAUAGGACCUAACCUUUCUGAAUCUUCUUGGUUAGUGUUCAUACAAUAUCAUACAAUGUCUUAUUUUUAUCUCCGAUAUUCUUCUUUGGAAAUGUUUAUACACCAUAGGAGUGGCUUGUUUACUUUCAGAACCUGGACAGUAUCACACCUGAUUACAUCUGAUUUCUGUAGGCCAUUUGAAUUUUUUUUUUUUUUUUUUUUUUUUGACUGAGAAGCAGAAGCACAUAGCCACCAUCUAGUGGUUUUUUUUUUUUUUUUUUUUUUUUUUUUUAACAUGAUGGCUCUGUAUGGUGCAUUUGCUUCUUUCCCUCAGGGAGUCAGACUGGUCAAAAUUCACAUUGCUGAGACCAAUGAUCAACUAUGAGAGGGUAAUUGAAUUGGAGAGAAUUGUGGGUAAUCAUACAUUACUAUUUCUUGAAAAAAAAGUGUAAAUCUUCACUGAGCAUUGCAGAAUGAAGUGCCUUUUCUAUUACAUUUGUCAGUAUGGUUCUGCUGCCACACCGUUUUUCACACAUCUUGUCUCUUUAAUCUUUUUGAUACCAAGUAAUCACACACCUUGACACAUUAUGAAUGUGACUGUAGAUCCGGUUGGAAAACCAUGUGACGUUGAUUGAAAUCUCACUGUAUGUGAAUACAUUGACUCCUGUGAUACUGUCGUGGAAGCUUUGAGGAUGUGAAAUGGUACAAGCACUGUGAGGGAAUCCUGUGACCUUCUGCAUGAGAAUACUGUGUUUUAUGGUGUCUAUGAAUUUCUUCCAAAAGCUUUAUUUUUCAAAAUUGUCUAUUUUAGCAGUAUGUCAUAGAAUGAUGUGAGGAUAGUUAUGCACUGCUUGAUUAAAUGCCAACGGGGUUGACACUGAACCAAAAACCACUGUAUGUUGGUGUUUAUUGGGCGGUGUGAGCUAGGCUUUAGUUUGUACUGAACUGUUCACAUGGUCCUAUAUGCUGUGCUGUGUAGAUGCUGUCUUUGUGGUUUUUUUCUAUUUGCAUUUAUAAAGAUGUUUUUAAUUGUUUCA